AUGUGGUACGGCAGAUUGCAAGAAGGAGUCCCGCAAUUACAACAGCGACUCGCGUUGGAUGCUGUAUGGGUUGUACCAGGAGAUAUUCGCAAACAGUAUUUGAAGCAUGAAUUGCGUGCUGAUAGAUUAGAAGCUGAAGUAUAUUUAAAGUGGUCAGCAAAUAUUGGUAUUAAAAAUCGAGUAAAAAUUGUGCUUGAAAAUGGAUAUUCAUGUAAUGCACCUGCAUGUUUACUUACUGCAUUCUCGAAUAUCUUUCGCAAACAUAUUUCAGCACAAGCAACACAGGAAACACUUUCAUCGGGUAAAGAAAUCACAGUUCAUUUAAAUGGUAUGCCAAAUAUUACGAAUGCCGGUCUCUAUAAUGUGGUAGCUUUCAUUCAAAGUGGACAAAUCAAAUUUUUAGAAAGUGAAUUGGAGAAUGUUCUAAUAGCAGCUAAUGAUCUUCAAGAUGGUUUGACGUCACCACAAAAUCACAAUCAACCAUUAUCAUCGUCCAUCUAUACGGUGUCUGGUGCAGAAAAUGCAGUUACACCAACUCCAUUAAGAGGAACAUUAGGAUUAGCGCCAUCACCUCUUGGAUCAUAUAUCAUUCCACCUUUUGAUUCGGUAUCAUCUGCAACAACCAGAAGUAUUAGUAAUGAAACAUCCGUAUCAGUUAACAAAAAUUGGCGUCCAGCUCAACAGCUUCCAAUAGGAUCUGCACAUAAUGAUCCGGUACUCAUCUACUCAAAUGUUCCUAUUGCUACUGCUGCUGCUAGCGAUGGUACUGCUGGUGCUAUCGGUGGUGGUGCUAUUGGCGGUGGUGCUACUGGUAGCGGUAGGGGUGAACAGGAAGGAUCAGGCGCUAUCAAAAGCUCUCCAACACUAGAAUCAGCUGAAAUUCGAACAAGUAGCAGUCAAGAAUCGGAAUCAAGUUCGAAACGACGACCUAAAUUUGAGCAAAUCCCAUUACGAACUGAACCACCAGAAAGUCGCAAAGAAUUACGUAAGAAACGACAGGCACGUGAAAAAACUGACACGAAGUGA